AUGGCGCUGCUAGUCGAUAAACUACGCCCUCGCUCUCUCGAUGCCCUUACCUAUCACAAAGAUCUUUCCGAGCGCCUUGCAUCCUUGGCUGCCUCUGCUGACUUCCCUCAUCUCCUUUUUUACGGUCCGUCUGGAGCCGGGAAGAAGACGCGAAUCCUCGCAACUCUCCGUGCUCUAUACGGCAGUGGCGCUGAGAAGAUCAAGAUAGAUGCACGAAUAUUCACCACCUCCUCCAACCGCAAACUCGAAUUCAAUAUCGUCUCUUCGGUAUACCAUCUUGAAAUUACUCCGAGCGACGUCGGCUCCUAUGACCGUGUGGUGAUCCAGGAAUUACUAAAAGAAGUGGCACAGACCCAACAAGUCGAUCUCACAGCGAAACAGCGCUUCAAGGUCGUGGUGAUCAAUGAGGCAGAUGGAUUGAGUCGCGACGCGCAAGCGGCUCUUCGACGGACAAUGGAGAAAUACAGCGCGAAUGUCAGAUUGAUACUCGUGGCCAAUAGCACGGCCGGCAUCAUCGCUCCCAUCCGCAGCCGUACACUGCUGGUGCGAGUUGCUGCACCAACGGAGGCUGAAAUUUGCGACGCCCUUGUCAAGGCGGGCAAGAAGGAGAAUUGGAGGGUCAUCCCGGUGCUGAACGAGCGUAUUGCGAAAGAGUCCGGCCGCAACCUCCGCAAGGCACUACUCAUGUUCGAAGCCGUCUAUGCACAGCAUCCGGAACCCACUGAGAAAACACCCAUCCCUCCGCCUGACUGGGAGAUUCUAGUCGAGCAAAUCGCACGGGACAUCAUCCGAGAGCGUUCGCCGCAAAUGAUCCUGCAGACUCGUGCGAAACUUUACGAUUUGUUAACGCACUGUAUCCCUGCCUCGAUGGUGUUGAAGACGCUGUGCUGGAAACUCGUCGCGCAGCCUGAGGUGGAGGACCCCCUAAAAGCAGAGGUGGUCAAGUGGGCAAGUUUCUACGAGCAUCGCAUUCGACUUGGCAGUAAGGUCAUCUUUCACCUCGAGGCAUUUGUCGCGAAGUUCAUGCGCGUCUUUGAAGGGUAUCUGGUCGGCAUGGAUUUGUGA